CUUCCGCUUUGCUCCCCAGCUUGUCUUUCCAGUAGAGCGGCCGGUGUGAACACGCAUCAGGAGUGGACAACACGUAGCCUGCAGGUUGAGAACAGACAUUAAGAUGCCUCCAAAGAAGACAGAAGCUCCGAAGCAACCUCCAUUGAUUGGACGAUUUGGAACAUCCCUAAAAAUAGGAAUAGUGGGAUUACCUAAUGUUGGGAAAUCCACAUUUUUCAAUGUGCUGACUAAAAGCCAAGCUGCUGCGGAAAACUUCCCCUUCUGCACAAUUGACCCAAAUGAGAGCAGGGUACCCGUUCCUGAUGAGCGCUUUGAUUUCCUCUGCCAGUACCACAAACCUGCCAGUAAGGUUCCCGCUUUCCUGAAUGUUGUGGACAUUGCUGGUCUGGUGAAGGGAGCUCAUUCUGGACAAGGACUCGGAAACGCCUUCCUCUCUAACAUCAGUGCUUGUGAUGGGAUCUUCCAUAUGACUCGUGCGUUUGAUGAUGAGGAUAUCAUCCACGUGGAGGGCAAUGUUGACCCGGUGAGGGACAUCGAGAUAAUCCACGAGGAGUUGCGGCUAAAAGACGAAGAAAUGAUCGGUCCAAUUAUCGACAAACUGGAGAAGACUGCUGUCAGAGGAAGUGACAAAAAACUAAAACCUGAAUAUGAUAUCAUGCUGAAAAUAAAAAACUGGGUGGUAGAAGAGAAGAAGCACAUCAGAUUUUACCAUGACUGGAAUGACAAAGAGAUUGAAGUUCUGAACAAGUACCUGUUUCUGACUUCCAAGCCCAUGAUCUACCUGGUUAAUCUUUCAGAGAAAGAUUACAUCAGGAAAAAGAACAAGUGGUUGGCAAAAAUCAAGGAAUGGGUAGAUGCUCAUGAUCCUGGUGCUAUGGUCAUUCCUUUAAGUGGAGCUUUGGAGUUUAAAUUGCAGGACAUGGAGGAGGAGGAGAGGAAUAAAUACUGCGAGGAACAGAAGACACAGAGUGUUUUGACCAAAAUAAUAAAGACCGGCUAUGCAGCGCUGCAGCUGGAAUACUUCUUCACAGCAGGACCAGAUGAGGUGCGAGCGUGGACCAUCAGGAAAGGUACAAAAGCUCCUCAAGCUGCUGGAAAGAUCCAUACUGACUUUGAGAAAGGCUUCAUCAUGGCCGAGGUGAUGAAGUUCACAGACUUCAAAGAAGAGGGCAGUGAAACUGCAGCCAAGGCUGCUGGGAAGUACAGGCAACAGGGCAGGAACUACAUUGUGGAGGAUGGGGACAUUAUCUUUUUCAAAUUCAACACACCCAACGCACCCAAAAAGAAAUAAGACCACAGAGUCACUGGGUUGGGGGGGAUCAAAACUCAGAAUACAGUUUAGUCCCACAGAGCACACUGUCUGCUGGUUUUCAUACUUCUUUUUUGAUUCUGAUGGCUUC